AUGCAAACUAUCGGAGACCAAACGUUCAUGAACCCGCGGGACACGCGCCUUGCCUACGCCGACAUCAUCGGCGAGGAGAGUCUCAGUGGCAAGUUGAUCAGUGCCGGGCCAAUUCUAGAGCGCAUCGACAUCUUUGGAGCUGCUGUCGCUGAAAAUGUGGCGUGCAAAGGUAUCGCGACGAUUUCGGUCGACCGAGUGGAUUUUAAGAGUCAGAUCGCGCACGGCGACCUCGUGAGGCUGGAAGGCGAGGUAAUUUACACGGGAACGUCGUCACUGGCUGUCCAAAUUACUGGGUACCGCCACGAUGUGGAAGCCGGCAAGUUCAUCCACACGCUGAGCGCUAUCAUGACGUGCGUGGCGUUGGACGAGAACAUGCGUCCAAGUCCAGGGCUCCCAAAGUUGCUGGACCCGCUGGACCCAGAGUAUGUAAAGAAACACGAGGAGAUUGCAGCGCAGCGCAAGGAACUUGCCGCUCGGUGGCGUCAAGUCCAGGAGCAAGUGGACCAGUUGCCGCGUGUGUCUGCUGACAUGCUCAAAACGCACGACAUCGGUCGAUCGCUGGAAGUGCCGAUCCCGGACACGUUGAUCGAAGUGCAGAGCUCCUUUUUGCCGAAACAUUUAAACCGGAACAACACGAUUUUUGGCGGAGAAGUGCUCACGUGGAUGGACAAAGUGGCACUGUACAGUGCUCGCAACUUCACCAAAAAUCAGAACAUGGUCACUGUCUCGAUGAACCGAAUCUUCUUCAAAUUGCCGAUUACUAUGGACGACAUUGUCACGAUGCACGCCCGUAUCAGUAGCGUCCGUCGUCACCAUUUGGAAGUCGAGGUCGAGGUGUUUGUGGGUCGCAUUGGCUCCAACGAACGCCGCAAGUCGCACACAGGCUACUUCACUGUUGCGAACUUGGAUCGUUCGUACCGCAUGAAGCAGAUCUCGACAGGACUCAUGGUGGACGAAAACGACCAGGAGAGCAUGCGCACGAUGCUCAAGGCUCAGCACCGAUGGACAUUCGACGACCAAGAGCUCAAGUUGCUGACGCUCGAGCCGCUCUCGUUGUCAACGCCCAACACGCCUUCCAAGUUGUGA